AUGGCCAAAUCUCCCGAUCCUGUGCUUCCCUUCUUCUGUCUCGAUUUUCGCAUUAACUCCGGAAUGAGAACGGUGAGUGACCGUCUUGUGGGCUCUUAUCCGCCGCACGACUUUUUCGUGGCAACUCCAUCUUCAAGAAGAAAGACCUCGGCGAUGAAAAAGUCACCCAACGGUACGAAUUAUGUAGAGAUCGACCACAUUCUCAUCACCGAAGGUGGUGCUUACUAA